GGCAGAGUAAGAAUGAGGAUUUGAUAAGGAUUUAUCAAUAAAAAAGAUGAGAAAUCUUCCAGAAAAAAACAAGUUUUUAGGAAAAAUAAAAAAGUCUAUUAUUGUUAAACAGUGUAAGAUUUAUAAAACACUGUUUGAAGAGAAUGUAAAAGUUGAAUUUAUUCUUCUUCCAGUUAUUAUUAGUGAAAAAAAAGAAUCGAAUUAUAUAGUGCUUAUGAAGCAUGAUAAAAUAUAUAUUAGUGCAACGUCAAUGUUUCGGUUUGCGUUUCCAUCAGCGACGAGGGCACAAGAGCGAUUAGAGCUAGAUAAUUAUGUAAAACAUUUACGUAGUGCAACAACUAAUAUAUAUGUUGCUGGAAUAUGGGUUACAUCUGAAGAUGCGCUUUUGUUAGCAGAAGAUUAUGGAAUUCGAACAUGGAUAAAGGGUAUAAUCAAUGCAUCAGAAGAAUUUGAUAAUAUUACAUUACCGGUGAAGAAUGUAGAGCCAGAUGUGAUUAGGAAAUAUAUAGAAUGUAGUGUUGGAAGUAUUCCAAGUUUUGAUACGAUUGUAUCUCGUGAGAAUGAAUCACCAUUUUCAUGUGAAAUUCCAUUUCAAAAGGCACGUAUUAGAUCAACAUCACCAGAAAGAAAAAUAUUACGAUCACCAAGAAAAGAGGAAUCAGAAAUACCAUUAAAGCCGGCUAAAAAUGUGUUUUCACCGACACUUUCUGCUACUAAUUUAAAUAUACCACGAAUAUCUAAAAAACGACCAUUGGAACUUAGUGGUUCAGAAGAUUUUGUGCCAAUUAAGCGAUCUAAAAUUGAACAACUUGAAAAAGAGGUAGUUAUUGAACGAAAGCGUGUUAAAACACUUAUUGCUCUUGUUUUCAGUCUUGGUAUAAGUGCAACUCUUCCUUAUAUUUUAUAACAUAAAAAGUUAUAAAAUAUCAUACCUUAUGUAUUUAUUUUU